CGUUGAACUACUAUGUUUGAGUAACUGCGACAAUUGCCGCGGUAUGUUUUGGCUAUAAUAGAGCGUUGUAUACAUGCUGUCCGGAUGGAAUCGCAACAACUGGCCCCUCUGGAUUUUCAGGAACUCAUUUUCAUUCCUAUCCAGUAUUUUGCCACUUAUAAUCCUGUUUUCUCUUUUGGGUCUAUCCCGUUAUUUGGUCUCUUUAGUUGGUUCUGUUGGGCGAUCGCCAUCGCGAUCCAGCCAUCGUCCCCUUCAUCUCCCUCUUCCAUUCUCUCUUCCCUCCCUCUCCAUCAACCACCGCUUCUCGCCACCUCACUCUCGUUUUCUCUCUCUUCUAUUAUCUUCUUAUUAAUCUUCUGCAAUGGCUCUCUCUGUUGUCGCUGGUUGCUGGUGAUCUCUCUGGCCGAUUUCUGGUCCUUGCGUCCUGCUCUGACAUCUGAGGCUCUGUGAGUGACCAUCAUUCAACCUGUCACCUCCAUCCAUCAGUUAAUAUCUUCAUGAUCAUCCUAACCACUGACAUCUGGUUGUCCAAAGCAGCUCAAGUCCAUUGCAUCUCUCGC